AUGCAACGGUCCGUCCUUGCUCCUCCCUUCUCCCAGCAGCAGAAAAACCUGAAUUGCUUCAAGAACGAAGUGGAAGGCACAAGAGGAAUGGUGGAUGAGUACAUUUGCAUCAAUUGUUGUCACCCGUCAUCCAGUCUUUUUCUAAAGUACAGUGACAAUGGUAUCCGACUCACGCCAUGUUCUAACUGCGGCAGAGCUGUGGACGCAUAUAUCGAAUAUGACAUUGUGCUGGUAAUAAUUGACCUCAUGCUGCAGUAUAUUGAAGCGUAUCGACACUUCCUGAUGAAUACCGGCAACAACCGCGUAUCCUUUAUGCUUUUCAGAAUGCAAUACUGUCACAAGCUGUGCAUUAUUUUUAUGCUAUGCAAUGCCUAUAGCAAAUGGAUAAGACGGCGGAUAAUGUCUGGUGACGAGAAUGUUUAUGAUUUGGAAUGGGAGUUUUAUGAAUGUUUGUUGCAAAGUUUGUUGGAAAUGACAUCAUUUGUGAUUGUGUUGGCACUAAUGUCUCUUCAAAUUUCUGCAACAUUUUCCGUCAACAAAACAUUGCAGACAUUUUGCAUUGGAUCCUAUGGAAACGUAUUUGCUGUCCUGUCGGUUAUAUGGCAUUUACAUUUACUAUGGUCGUACAGAAUACUCACCGAACUGUUUAUAUUCAUAUCUCACGUGCAAGCGCAGCGAGCAAUGUACAAUAUAACUCUGACUAGAAGUGUCCUUGUCGUUCUAAUGGCCACUGUCAUUUCACGUUGUAUCGGCCUAUUGAUGGACUUGUUCUGUUUUAUUUAA